AUGGCCAGGCCAGCGCGCAAAGCCCUGAUGGGCGCGCCCCCAUCCGCGGCGCGCUCGCGUGGCCUCCCGAGGCACGCGCUCCGAAGAUCCGGUGCCGCUCUCUUCCUUGCCACCCUCGUCGCGCUGCCCUUCGCGGUGCUAUACCGCGCCGCCGUCUGGCGCUCGCCGGGGGCUUCCUGGGGGUGGGACUCGCUGCCCUCGUUCGCCGCAUCCCAGGAGGAGGGCGCCGACAGUGAAGAUCUCAAACUUGAGCGAGUCCUAAAGAAGGCUUCAAUGCGAGACAAUACAGUUAUCUUGACUACACUUAAUGCUGCAUGGGCUUCUCCUGGGUCAGUGAUAGACCUUUUCAUCGAUAGUUUCCGUUCUGGUGUCAGAACAAAUUUGCUGUUGAAACACCUUGUAAUUGUAGCAUUUGAUUGGAAAGCAUACGAGCAAUGUGUCAAAAUCCAUCCCUACUGCUUUGCUCUGGGAACCGAGGGUGUGGAUUUCUCUGAAGAGAAGAGGUUCUUGACUUUAGGAUAUCUUGAAAUGAUGUGGAGAAGGCUAGAUUUCUUGCGGCUGGUUCUUGAAAAAGGUUACAACUUCAUAUUCUCGGAUGCAGACAUUAUGUGGUUUCGCAAUCCGUUCCCACAUUUCUAUCCUGAUGUAGACUUUCAGAUUGCAUGCGAUCACUAUGUCAGGAAUGCAACUGACUUGAGAAAUAUUGCUAAUGGAGGCUUCAGCUAUGUGAAAUCAAAUGAAAGAAGCAUAGAGUUUUACAGUUUCUGGUAUUCGUCAAGAUUGAGGUAUCCUGGCUAUCAUGAUCAGGAUGUAUUCAAUGCUAUAAAGCAUGAUCCUUACAUUGUAGACAUUGGAUUGACAAUUAAGUUUCUGAGUACAAAGUACUUUGGAGGGUUCUGUGAACCAAGCAGAGAUCUGAACGAAGUCUGCACUAUGCAUGCUAACUGUUGCAUUGGGUUGCGAAGCAAGAUUCAUGAUCUUAGGAUUAUGAUGGAGGAUUGGAGGAGUUAUUUGUCCUUGCCCCCAAAUUUGAAAAGAUUGCAGAUAUCUGCUUGGCGGGUGCCACAAAAUUGCAGUCUUUCAUGGUCGCACCGUUAA